AUGUCUCUCCGGGCAGCGGCGGCGUUGCACUCGCGUUGCGCAUAUGGUGCGGUCGCUGCGCCCCCGUGGUUCAGUUUGCGUUUGUAUAACCCAAACAAAACCUUCCGCUUUCGUGGGCUCAAUGCGGACAUAUCGUGCAGAAAUCAGAGUAUUCUAUAUCAUUUCAUGACUAUUAUCAUACUUAUGGCCAUGGGGGAGAGGUUAAGGGAGGGCAAACAGGCAAAAAGGGAGGGGAAAGGGUACAUCAAGGCCUUCUUGCCGUAUUUCUCAGCAAAAAUCAUUUACUACCACGCGAGUACCAUGAGUUCGACGCCUAUACCGGGCUCGGUAAUGAAAACUCACCAAGAAUCCGCAUGGAGAUCCGGUGCAGAUAUAGGCCCACAAGAGAAGAGUUCCCCAAUACGCCGCGGCGAC